AUGGUGGAAGUUGACGGCUCGUGUCUGAAGGCUUUACAGGUUCGCCGUGUGUCUCUUGUGGACCAGCUGGAGGCACACGUCGAGUCGCUUGUGGAGGACCUGCUGAACCACGGCGUGUUCAGCCGGGACGACAGGGAGCAGGUCUUGUCUCGGGCCGGACCCAGAGCCAGAGUGAGACAAGUGCUGGAUAUAAUUCAGUGCAAAGGAGAGGAAUCUGCGAAAGUUCUUCUCUUUCUUUCUAACAACUGCUUUCACCUGGGACCACAGACGGGACUGGGAGGGCCGUCGGCAGAGUACCAGAAUAUUGUAGUGAAACACAAAGACGUCCUGAAGCGCCGAAGCCAGAGUAUGCUGUACUACAACACCAGACAUGGAGAAAAAAUCCUAUUCUCUGAACACUAUGUGAACCUCCUUUUGGUGGACGGACAUCAGGGUUUGGACCUAAAACGGCAUGAGGUGCUCACCUUUGGACAUAAGCGUCUCUCUCUCCAGCACAUGUCGGCUUUCCACAGAAAAAUAGCACCAAAAGAACUCUUGACUUCUGGGAGUCGUUCGGUAAAGAAGGUUUUGGUGACAGGAGUGGCUGGCAUCGGAAAGACAAUCAUGGUUCAGAAAAUUCUGUUUGAUUUUGGGAGGUCAAAAGAACACCUUGAGUUUGACUUCAUCAUCCACAUGAUGUUUAGAGACCUCAACCUUAUUGACAAAGCGACAAACCUUCACGAUUUGAUUUUACGCAAAAACAGACACUUGGCUAAAGAGCUACACAACAUUCUCGCCAAUGACCAAAAACUGCUUUUUGUCUUGGACGGUUUUGAUGAGUUUAAAUAUUACAAAAACUGCGAUGUACAUUGUUUUGUGACCGAGCCUGACGAAGACGCUGAGGUGGUGGAGAUCUUCGGAAGUUUGAUGCAAGGUGAACUCCUCCCGAACGCUUCUGUGCUCGUAACAAGUCGACCAAACGCCAUCAACUACAUCCCGGUCGAAUGCAUCGAUCGCUUUGUCGUCAUUUCUGGUUUUUCUUUGACUGAAGUUCAAGACUACUUUUCCCGCUAUUUCCAAGACAAAACUCUGUCCGACCAAAUGUUUGCGAUCGUAGCCGCUAAUGAACUGAUGCUAACGCUAUGCUACAUACCUGCGUUUUGCUACAUUGUCUGCUGCAUCCUGAAGGAUAACAAAGACCUGUACGGAGAAGGCCCCAAGACUAUGACCGACAUCUACGUGCAAUAUUUGGUGGCUAUGCUUCGGCUUGGAGAUAACGCCCUGGACAUGGACACAGUAUGGAUCAUUGCAGAUGUGCUCCGAAAAUCAGACAUUAUAGAAGAUUUAGGUAUUGGCUGGACAAACAUUGGGGAUGAGGAACUAGUCAUUCUUUCCGAUGCCAUACAUGAGAACCCUCAGCUUAAGGAAUUGUGGAUGGAAGGGAAUAGGGUAAGCCAAAAGGGACUGCAGUUACUCACUGACUUGACUCCGAAUCCUUUAAGAAGAAUUGUGGCAUUAUGGAAUGACCUGGAUGAGCGAGAUCCGGAUUCAGCCUUCAGUGUGCAGGAAAGCAUUGCCACAAGCUUCACUGAUGACGACAUGUGGGACGGCUGGGGAGAGUGGGUCUUAAAGAGAUGUGAGGUCAGCAGCAACGACAAGCUCCUCACUGUUCUGAGCAAAGUCUGCAACAUCUCAGCCCACCGCCGGGAGGGCCAGUGGGCCAAAACCUUCAACGAGAACCUCAACAAACUUAUCCAGAGCAGAAUCGAAAGCUGCACUGAAGAAGAUACUUGUAACAAACUGAAGAGGUUUCAAAGUGUUACUUUCGAAAAUAAAGCAGGAUGA